ACUGAAUGUCAGUGAAGUAGUUUCGCGUGUUUUGAAAUGGGAAGUUUGUUUGUUUGUGCUCUGUCUGUGCGAUCAAUCAUUCUUGAUCGUAGGUGGGUGGAUUAUGGAUGUUAUUCCUAUGUGCAGUAUUUUUCAGGAGCUGCAGAGCGUCCUUGAUACGGGAUACCUGUCAGCAUUACCAUCUUUAGAAGAGUACUGGCAGCAGACAUGUUUUGAGCUUGAACGUUAUCUGCAGAACGAGCCCUACGUCUCCGCAGAAGAUCUGAGAUCAGUGUGUGAGUCUGACGAUUUCUGGAAUCAGUUUCUGCGAUGCUGUGAGACAACUGGAGGGAACGAAUCAACACAGAGAGACGUCAUCGACCCACCGCCUCACCCGAAACCUGAAGAUAGCUGCCAGAUCUUUCCAUCUGCUGGUGUUCAUACAGUAACAUACACACUGGACCCCAGCGCAUCUGAGCAUGAACAGGCGGUCACUCGCACGCCCCCAACACCGCCCUGCUCUCCUCUGUCUGUUAAGCAGAUCACUGACCGAGCAUCAGUCUCUGUUAUAGAGAGACAUGUGGCAGAGCUGCAAGAAGAUGCGGAGAGGAUGAGAGAGGAAGAGGAGGUCAAAGGUGAGAGGUCACCUGAAGAACGAAGGAGAACUCAUCGCUGUUACUUUAAUGGUUGCAGCAAGAUGUACACCAAGAGCUCCCAUCUGAAAGCACAUCAGCGCACACACACCGGUGAGAAGCCGUACAGGUGUUCAUGGGACGGCUGCGAGUGGAGCUUUGCUCGAAGCGAUGAACUGACGAGACACUUCAGAAAACACACAGGGGCAAAACCCUUCAAAUGCAGCCACUGUGACAGAUGUUUCUCUCGUUCUGAUCAUCUCGCCCUGCACAUGAAACGACACAUCUGAACAAGAUUCAGAGAACAAAAGGAAAAAUCUAUUAUAUAUUUUAAAUUGGAAAACGCAACAUUUGAACAACAAUUUAAAAAAUGUCAAGUGGCAAGUGUGUGGACAGUUAUCAUUGCCAUAGAUUUUGGGUACAGACUCAUUAAAUCACCAAAACAAUGCAUUCAUUUCAAUCAUUCAUCAAAAUCAAGUUCCAACGCUUCAAAGCUGCAAAAAAACUGCAUUUUAAAAACCAUGCAAGAGCUUCCAUGCUAUAAAGUCUGUAUAAAAUGACAUAAAAAAAUUUAAGUUAAUAAACAAUAGGACAAAUAGAUGUUUUGUUUUAAUGUUUUAAUGACCUAAUGAAACUUCUACCUUAUACAGACAAAAUAUUUCUUUGUGUGCAUGUGUGGUUAUAAGAAUACAUUAUUGUCAUAUUAUAUAUAUGCUGAUAUUGCUGCUUAUGAAAGCUUUAUUAACCACUAAAACAACAGUUUUUGUUUGGGAUUUUAUGUUUUUAUUAGCUGUUGAAUGCACGUUGGUGCCUUAAAAAUGUAGUUUUAAUCCAAAAAAAAAUCUAUUUUGUCACUUUAAAGUUGUAUUAGGAACAAACUUUCUGAAAGAGAAGAUAAGGUUGUUCAUUAUAUUUUUUUAAGAGAUGUUAUUUGUGUAUAAAGAUUUUUUUAAAGUAAAGAAGUAACCAGGACAAACAUUUUGUUUCUGAAAAAGAGAUGUUUUAAAAGAACUGAAUUUGUCUUGAAUGCCUUAUAAAUCUCAUACAGGUAUCAGUCCUGUGAUGAAUCAAUGUUUUUAACAAAGAUUUUGUUACUGUUCUCUGUUGUUUUCAUUUGUUUAAAAAGAUAUACUAUUCAGAAAUAUAUAUAUAUAGCAGUGUUAUUUUUUUAAGUAU